GUAGAAUCGUCAUAUUGACAUCGCUGUCAACUGCUCCCGAACAGUGAAAUAACCUUCCAAGAGUGGUGAUUUUUUGUCCGGAAUGGCGGCUUUGAUCCGAUUAAAUAAUAAAUUGCUUGUGCAAAACUGUCUCUCGCAAGUCCUGCGAAAUGCCCGCCUAAUUUCCACCUCACAGAAAAAGAGUGACACUGCCACAAUUGCAAGUUGCCCAAAACCUGAGGCCACAUCGGAAACAGCCGCUGCACAGAAGAAAAAUUGGGUAAAUUAUGGUUUCGACUUCGGCAAUAAGACCGAGGACAGGAGUGCAACCAAAUCUUCAUUCUUCUUCUCUGUAACGCUCUGCCUCGUAUGGGGUACAUUUAUCUGGGCCUACCUUCCCGAUAACCAAUUGCGGGAUUGGUCUCAACGUGAAGCAUAUCUGGAACUUCGAAGACGGGAGGCCGCUGGCUUGGAGCCCAUCGAUCCUAACUACAUCAACCCCAGCAAAAUUGAUCUGCCAAGUGACGAGGAGCUGGGUGAUACCGAGAUUAUUAUUUAAUUUUAAUCCCCACUAGAUGUUUUAGCGAAUGUUAUGUAAUCGAAACACGAGAACGGGAAUUUUGUAAAUAAAGCUGUCAUCAUAUAAAACCCGACACGAAAUUGGAACAAAUAAAGUGGCUUCUACUGUCCGAAAGUAUUA